AUGACCCCGGGAGAAAGCCGGGCUGUACCGGAGAACUCGGCGGCCGCUGCUGUGUGUUCACGCUGCGCUGCUAAAAUCAUGCCCUACUUCACUGACAACGCCGUGGCUUCUCACAACCAGAUAAACCAGCUUAUCAACGAGAAUUUUCUCACAGUCAAAGGUGCUGCCCUCUUCUUACCCUGUGGAAAUGGUUCCCCCAACUCCUCCUUGCCCCGCAUCACACAGCGGAGGAACAAGCACACGGGCGACCUCCAGCAACACCUACAGACCAUGUUCACACUACUGCGGCCCGAGGACACCAUCCGCCUGGCGGUGCGACUGGAGAGUGCAUACCCUCAGUGUACACGCUAUAUGGUAGUGGUGUCCACCAAUGGUAGGCAGGACACAGAAGAGAGUGUGGUUCUUGGCAUGGACUUCACCAGCUCAGAUUGCAACCAGUGCACAGUUGGGCUGGUCCUGCCAUUGUGGAGUGACACUCUGAUUCACUUGGAUGGAGACGGGGGCUUCAGUGUGUCCACUGCCAACAGAAAUCAUAUAUUUAAACCUGUGUCCGUACAGGCCAUGUGGUCAUCACUGCAGUCAUUACACAAAGCAUGUGAAGUAGCACGGUGCCAUAAUUACUACCCUGGCAGUCUCUUCCUGACAUGGGUUAGUUAUUAUCAGACCAGGAUCACCUCUGAACAGCACUGCGUCAAUGAGUGGAACGCCAUGCGGGACGUGCAAUCACACAGAUCCGACUCGCCUGUACUCUUCACUGAUAUACCAACAGAAAGAGAGCGCACAGAACGGCUCAUUAAGACACGUCUGAGAGAGAUCAUGAUGCAGAAGGACUUGGAGAAUGUUACGUCUAAAGAGAUUCGUUCCGAGCUGGAGAUGCAGAUGGUGUGUAACCUGCGGGAGUUCAAAGAGUUCAUCGAUAACGAGAUGAUCGUCAUACUGGGCCAGAUGGACAGCCCAACAGAAAUAUUUGACCACGUCUUCUUGGGUUCGGAGUGGAAUGCGUCUAAUCUGGACGAGCUCCAAAGCAGUGGAGUACGUUACAUCCUGAACGUGACGCGAGAGAUUGAUAACUUCUUCCCUGGACUCUUCGAGUACCACAACAUCCGUGUGUAUGAUGAAGAGGCCACUAACCUGCUAGAGUACUGGAACGAUACCUACAAGUUUAUCUCCAAAGCCAAGAAAGCAGGGGUAAAGUGUCUGGUGCACUGUAAGAUGGGCGUGAGUCGUUCAGCUUCCACUGUGAUUGCAUACGCCAUGAAGGAGUACGGCUGGGACCUGGAUCGAGCGUACGAGCACGUCAAAGAGCGUCGCACUGUCACCAAACCCAACCCUUCUUUUAUGAAGCAGCUAGAGGAGUACCAGGGCAUCCUGCUGGCCAGCAAACAGAGGCACAAUAAGCUGUGGCGAUCGCACUCUGACAGCGACUUAUCAGAGCAGCAGGAGCCUGCGUGCAAGAGCCCACGUACACUGGGCCGAUCUGACCCACACAACCAACAGCACAAGCCCAACAUCGCUCGGUCCAUCCAUAACGUGCUUCAGAACAUCAACGGCUCACAGUCCGGCACAGACGACUCACAUAUCGAGCUCUCCAUUCGCUUCUCCACUGAGGAAAACCUCAAUUCAGAAUCGCCUACAACCGCUGUAGUGCCAGAGCAGACCUUACCCGAAAGCUCCUCUCUGAAAAUAUCAGUGCCUGUGCCCAUCACUCACUCUCAAUCUUCUCCACCCCCAGCUUCCUCCACUACAGAACCAUCUCCACCUGCACCCAAGCCAAAAACGGACUCAAAAACUGACAUUGAGCUGGGUCAGGGUGUACCCGCACCCAGUGACUCUUGGAAAAACUCUCAGUCAUUCAGGAACUGCAACUUGGCACUGCAUUUAAAUACUGUGAAUCAUUUAAACGAGACAGAUAACACUUUAGCAUCUCCAGGAUCUCCCAUGUCUAUCAGUCCCUCAGAAGCUCCCCAAGAACCAGAAAGUCUAUCUAGGAGAGGCUCUGAGAGCUGCUGUAGUGGAGAGACCAUUCAAAACACAGCAAACGCCAACUGGUCCAGCCUCAGCACCGAUAGCAUCGACUUCUUCAGUGCCAGAGAGAAGUUUCAGGGCUUGUCUCAGGAUGGCCAGACCAACUCAGUUUGUGAAGAAGUGACUCCAUGCUCAAGUCCCUCCAGAAGCACCAGUCUGUGUCUGGAAGAGCCCAGUGUGCCAGCGGUCGAGGAGACUUUAUCUCAUCCAGAAAGCUCCUGUGUGCCUGUAGCAUCUCCCACAGCAGAGCCAAACACCGACUUCCCGGACAAUACCAUGUCUGUCCAUCACGUGGUGUCUGACCUGGACAAGCCUCAGGAUCAAACUACACUUGAAGAUCGGCAGGUGAAAAAAGAGAACGAGGUGAACGAGGAUGAAACGUCACUAUCUUCUCAUUUUAAUUCACAUGAAGGCUUAGAUGAUGGUCAGAAGCAGGAGAUAAGCCUUCCUCACUCUGCACUUCAGCCCCCUUGCACAGAAAGUGCAGAAGAGCAGGAGUCCUCAUCUCCACCAGGAGGCGCCGUGACCUCAUCCUGCACUGACACUAGCAAACACGAAGUACGCGGCGACGACGCCCGGCCGCUGGACGACGACGACUCCGGGAUAAUCCCAGACCCAUCCCUUGACACGGCGACGGUUAACCCGAGUUUAGAUCCCAGCUCGUCCUCGUCUUCACUUCUGUGGCUGGAAAGCGACACCGAGGAGGCGGCCCCAAGACCGCGGGACCUGCACAAGAUCCAGGAGACGCUGCGGGAGCUGCAGGCUUUCCUGUACGAGGCAGGGGGCACGGAGGCGCGUCUGAACCACAGCAGGCAGCUGCAGAACACGCACAGCUCUGCGGAGUCGCAGCCCCGUGCCCCCGCCGUGUGGCAGAGAGCCAUGGAGAUGGAGGCACGCAUCAGACAGGCCGGCCUCACUCCUCCCUCGCUCAUGAAACGCUCAGCCUCGCUGGCUAAACUCGACCAGCUCGAGCUGUCCACGCAUGACCUGAACGACUGGGACUUCCGCUCAGAGCUGCCCUCCCCUUCCUCUUCGUCUUCCUCCUCAUCACGUUCUCAUUCUUACUCUCACGCUCUCUCCGACAGCCACGACGAGGCGCACAAGAAGCAAAGAGUUCUACCUCAAAUCCCCUCAGACACAGAUAGGACUGAAACCUCCUCUACAACCCCGCAGAACGGGCACGGAGGUGGCACCGGACCCCCUACGCAUGACUCUGAUCCUCCCGUCGUCUCCGUCUGCACACGGGAGCAGCAACACGCCAAGACGCAUCCCGUACGCCGGCAACGCAAAUCCGCGGACAAGAAAAAGACGGUCACCGUGCUGUACAAUACCAUGUGACCCAUUAGGAAGGGUUUGUUGAUGUGUGUCUGUACGUCUUUUGUAGCCCCUAGGUGUCACUCAGACUUCAGAAUUUGAUGGCUGGGGUCCCAGGGGUCACACGGAAGCUAAAACUAAAACUGUGAGUGUGUCCUACUGUAUCUGAUGUGUAAUGUUAUUAAUGAGUGUAUGGAAAUAUGUGCCCAAAAUCCAGCUGAUUUUAAAAAUGACUGGAAAUAAAAGGGCCUGUUUUCAAAACAUGCACUUUACUUGUUUUUAUUUUAAUAUUGUUAUUAUAGUUGUUCUUUUUAGUCUUGUUUUUAUUGGGUAUUUUGCACUGAUUUGAGAAGUAGCCUCUCCAUAUGUAUGUUUGUAUGUGUGUAUGUAUGUGUGUGUAUGUCUGUAACAGCGUGCUGACCUGUUCUUUUUGCUGGAACACCAAAAACACUUGAUAAUGUUGUUUUUUUACCCAAUGGCUAUAAAUAAAUUGCAUACAUUUUA